AUGGCUACUACGACUCCCAGUAUGGGCCUCACAGCCAAAGGCGUCCCGAAGAUGCCCAUGUGGCUAACCAUUGUCCGCGGUGCAACCAUCGCUCUGUCUCUGGGCGCCCUCAUCGCCGCAGCAUACAACGUUUCCCUCCUAAGUAGCUGGGCUCGUUACUACGGUGGUGAUGGCCCAGCUGGCUUGAUCAUCUUCAGUGCAAUCUUCACCUGGAUCGUUCUAGGAUGCAUGCUUGCUGCCGAAUUCUUUGCCCCUCAACUGUAUAUCCGUUCUAUCUUCUUCGCCACCCUUGUCAUAUCAUCCAUCUUGUGGCUGGCCGCUUGGACAUGGGCUGCUUCGUGGACAGCUGAUUUCUACCAUUUGUAUAAUAGCUACUACAUUGGCCGUGUGAGGGAGCUUGAUGCAUGGGGCGGUUCGAUGGCCGCUGCUGUUGCUCUUGGAGCUGCUACAUGGAUCCUCACCAUUGUCACCACAGUCUUCUUCGUCAAAGCUUGCCUGGCUGAUCCUACAGGCUCAACCUUCAUGCAGCAGCCCACGAAUGAUCCAGAGACAGCUGAACCUAAGCCUGAAACUACGAUCACUGCUUAG